GCCUCUCCAGCAGUAGUGACCCUGGUGACUUAGGCCGCUGAACCAGAUGUGGGUCUGGAAGGCCGGGGCCUCGCUUCGGCUAAGGGGGUUGCAGCCGGCUGGGGUCCCCGGAAGGCGACUGCUACGCAGCCAUGCUGCCUCUCAGGCGGGAAGCAAUUGGGCACGAUGCUGGCACUGCGGGGACACCGGACGUGGGGACGGGUUCUUCUGCCCGCGGUGCCGCGCGCUGCAGCCUCCUGACCCCACGCGAGACUACUUCAGCCUGAUGGAUUGCAACCGAUCCUUCAAAAUUGACACCACCAAACUCCAGAACAGGUAUCAGCAGCUACAACGUCUUAUCCACCCAGAUUUCUUCAGCCAGAAGUCUCAGACUGAAAAGGACUUCUCAGAGAAGCAUUCCACUCUGGUGAAUGAUGCCUAUAAGACCCUACUGGCUCCCCUGAGCAGAGGACUAUAUCUUCUAAAGCUCCAUGGAAUAGAGAUUCCCGAAGGAACAGACUAUGAAAUGGAUAAUCAGUUCCUCAUGGAAAUAAUGGAAAUAAAUGAAAAACUCGCAGAAGCUGAAAGUGAAGAUGCCGUGGCAGACGUUGAAUCCACUGUGCAAGCUAAACAGAAAGAAUUUACUGACAAUGUGAAGAUGGCUUUUGAACAAGAUGACUUUGAAAAAGCCAAGGAAAUCUUAACAAAGAUGAAAUACUUUUCUAAUGUAGAAGAAAAGGUCAAGUUAAAGAAGAUUCCCCUCUAGUUGCCGGUGUAAUUGUUAAAAAAUAAACGUGUAUUUCUUUUUGACUUCUGCUAA